AUGGCGUCCUUGAACCGCCGCAGGAAGGACAUGAAGAUUCGAAGACUGCAGGCUUCUAUUUACGAUUUUUUAGAGAGACCAAAAGAUUAUAAAUCAGUAGGAUAUCAAUUAAUUGUGUUCCUCAUGGUGUUCCUCUGCUUGUUGUUGAGCGUCUUCUCAACUGUUGAACAAUAUGAACACGUGGCCACUGAUGCUCUCUACGUUUUCGAGCUGAUCAUGGUGGUCUGGUUCAUUAUUGAGUUUUCCUUCCGAGUUUGGUCGGCUGGUUGCAGGUCGCGGUAUCAGAACCUGUCUGGAAGGUUCCUCUUCAUAAGAAGACCUCUCUGCGUGUUAGAUAUCAUAGUGACGUCAGCCAGCAUAAUCAUUCUGUGCCUUCGAACGAAUGGGAAGAUGUUCGCCACUUCGGCCCUGCGAGGGUUCCGAUGUUUCCAGAUACUCCGCAUGCUGAGGAUGGAUCGGAGGGGUGGCUCCUGGAAGUUGUUGGGAUCAGUCAUCUGGGCACACAGACAGGAACUGUUCACAACGCUCUACAUCGGCUUUCUUGGUCUCAUCUCCUUCUCCUUCCUCAUUUACUUGGCCGAAAAAGAUCGAAACCCGAACAAGUUCGGCACCUACUUGGACGCCCUCUGGUGGGGUGUGGUCACCUUGUGCACGGUGGGGUACGGUGACGCGGUUCCUGUCACGUGGUUGGGCAAGUUGAUUGCUUCCUGUUGUGCCCUCCUGGGAAUUUCCUUCUUUGCACUGCCAGCCGGCAUCAUGGGGUCGGGGUUUGCCUUGAAAGUGCAGCAACAACAGCGGCAGAAGCAUUUGACGAGGCGGAAGGGACCUGCCGCGGUGCUCAUCCAGUCUCUAUGGAGGUGCCAUGCCGCUGAGAAGACGUCAAACUUCAGAGCCACCUGGAUGAUUCACGUCACCAAACUCUCUCCCAAGACCACAGGGACAUCCAACUCGUGA